AUGGCCUACACCGCACCCUGGUUUGGCGCUGCAAGCCUUCGCCAGACCGGCACUGUAAAGAAGCUUGUCGAAGGCAAAGGCUUCGGCUUCGUCGAGGCCGAUGAAUACGUGGCGUGCUUCGGUGACAUCUUCUUACACUUCUCGGACAUGAGGCAUGGGAGCAGUGCAGCCGGAGCUCUACAAGUGGGUUCGCGCGUGAGCUUCCAGACCGAGAUCGAUUUCUUGUCAGGGCGCGGACGUGCCCGUGACAUUCUCCCCGUGACCGAUGAG